AUGGCCGGCUGCUCUCCUCCUCCUCGCGCCGCUCUCCUCCCGGCCGUCGGCCGCGCCACCGGAGUACCAGAUGCAGGGCGGGACGCACCACACAGGGAGGGCCCACGGCGCUGUUCCAGGCCUCUGCCCGGUGGCUCGCCUGAAGGUCGCUCCCGACGGGGUCGCGCCGCGGGGAUCGAACUUGCUACCUCGGUCCGCCUCAGGCGCUGCCAGCGACAAGAAAGCUGGUGCCUGGGGCACGCGGGCGGGUCCUCUAAGCCGCUUGAAUACACAGGAAAGCAGGGUUUUUAUUGCAAAUUUGCUAGUGAUAAAACAGUUGCUUCCCACCGACACUCCUCCCCGAUCCGCUCCCGCCGGAGCACCUCGUCGUUGGUCGCCACGCACACCCCCAUCGCACGCGCCGUGCACCUGGCCCACCCGCUCUGUCGCCCUGUCGUCGCCGAGGUCGUAGAAGAUGGAGCCAAGGCCGGCGCCAGCGAGCAGCGAGUGGAGCGCAUCGACGGAGCCAUGAUGGAGCACGGCGUCGAACAUAUUGACGAUGCGCGCACCGGGCUGGUGGAUGCUGAGCACUACGGUGUGCCCGCGCGACUCGGCCUUGGCCCGGAGCGCGCCCAUGAUCUGGAGCGCGGGCGCGCUGUCGAGGCCCGACGUGGGCUCGUCGAGCACCAGCACGGCGGGGUCGCGCACGGCCUCGACGCCGAUGGACACGCGCCGGCGCUCUCGGCCGGAGAGGUCCUUGACCCUGGCAUCGGCGACGCGAGCGAGCGCAAGGUCGUCAACGAGCGCGUCAACCGCGGCGGGGUCCUAUGCGUCCGAGCCGAGGCGAAGGCGCGCGUUGAAGUGGAGCGUCUCGCGCACUAUGAGCAGCGGGAAGACGACGUCGCGCUGGGUGGCGUAGCCACAGAGGCGGCGAACGGCCGCAGCCCGUGGCGUCCACGGGCGAGCCAUUGACGCGGAGGUCAGUAGAAGGGGAGGAGCUGGUCUCAAGGUGGCCGGAGAGGAUCUCGAGCGGCGUGGACUUGCCGGCGCUGGGGCCGACGAUGGCGAGCAGCUCGCCGGGGCUCGCGCGGCAGCUGAUGUCGCGGAGCACUAGGCGGCACCGGCUGCUGCGGCUCACCGGCGGAGGUGCAGGUGCAACAGGGUCGCCGGCGUCGUUGAGGAGGAGGUUACACAAUCCUGAAAGAAAAUAUCGACCAUUAAAUACUU